AUGUCGUUAACAAAUUGCCGCUUCUAUGAGGAGAAGUUUCCAGAGAUCGAUAGCUUUGUGAUGGUGAACGUCAAGCAGAUCGCAGAGAUGGGGGCAUAUGUUAAGCUCCUUGAAUACGACAAUAUCGACGGCAUGAUCUUACUCUCAGAAUUGUCGAGACGUCGUAUCCGAAGUAUCCAGAAGCUCAUCCGAGUUGGCCGGAAUGAAGUUGUUGUGGUUCUCAGAGUUGACAAGGAGAAGGGGUAUAUCGAUCUUUCGAAGCGUCGAGUUUCACCAGAAGAUAUCGUCAAGUGCGAAGAGAGAUACAAUAAGAGCAAGAUGGUACACUCAAUUAUGCGCCAUGUUGCGGAGAAGACACAGCACCCUAUUGAGGAUCUCUAUGAGCGCAUCACCUGGCCGCUGAACAAGAAGUAUGGACACGCCGUAGAUGCUUUCAAGCUAUCCAUAACUAAUACCGACGUCUGGCAAGAAGUUUCAUUUCCCAACGAUGUCGUGGCAGACGAGCUCAAAUCGUAUAUUGGAAAGCGCCUGACACCCCAGCCAACCAAAGUUCGAGCAGAUGUGGAGGUCACCUGUUUCGGCUACGAAGGAAUCGACGCUGUCAAGACGGCACUGAGAACCGCUGAAGCCAGAAACACCCCAGACAACCAAGUUAAGGUGAAGCUCGUUUCGCCUCCUCUUUACGUCCUCACAAGUACUUGUUUGGAGAAGUCUGUUGGAAUUCAAACCCUUGAGGCGGCAAUCAUCGAUAUCAGGAAAAAUAUCGAGGGGGCUGGUGGAAGCUGCAUUGUGAAGAUGGAGCCCAAGGCGGUAACAGAGAACGACGAUGCCGAGUUGCAGGCGCUUAUGGAGAAACGUGAGAGAGAGAAUGCUGAGGUUAGCGGAGACGAAAGUCAGAGUGAAAGCGAUGAGAAUGCCGUGGAGGUGAUGUAA